AUAAUUUAAAAAUGGGCGCCAUUUUGUUUUUAUGAAAAGAUGGCGGAUCCCGAGAACACUGCGCGGCAGAUUGAAGAGAUAGAAGCGCUCACCUCUAUUUAUGAAAACUGUGUACAGAUUGAAAAUGAAUAUUCAUACUCAGUCAAGGUUGAAGAGGAUGGGACUCCAAGUGUAGUUUUGAGCAUUUUACUUAGUCCAGGUUAUCCUAGCCGCAGUCCCCCCACUUACACACUGUCAGCUCCUUCCUUCAGUUCUGAGCAGAGGAUAAGCUUAAGUUUAAGACUGGACCAGGUUUACUUGGAGAAUCUAGGAGAAUGUCUUGUCUUCCUGUGGGUUGAAGAAAUCAGGACUUUUCUUCAGAAUCUUUCAACAAACUUGCAGGGAACCCAGUCGUUGUCAAGUACGGAUAGCAGUGAUGAUGUAAAUUCGGAACAAAUCUGUGAUAAAUUAUCUAGUUUUAAUAUUAACAGUUCAACAAGUGAAGAUGUGGUAAUAGUAUGUCCAACAAUAUUUACUGGAGAAUGUUUUGAAGAUAGAAGAAGUAUAUUUCAGGGCCAUGUUGCUGUAGUAACUUCAACGCUAGAGGUCCACGCUGUCAUAAAUAAGUUGUACGAGAACAAGAAGAUUGCCAACGCUACGCAUAAUAUGUACGCAUACAGAAUACACUGUCAGGAUAAAAAUUCAAUUCUUCAGGAUUGUGAGGAUGAUGGUGAAUCUGCUGCUGGAGGACGUAUGCUCCAUCUCCUGGAGAUCCUGGAUGUCAAAAAUAUUCUGGUUAUUGUCUCAAGAUGGUAUGGAGGGAUUCAUCUGGGACCAGAUCGGUUCAAACACAUAAAUAACGCUGCAAGACAAGUCUUGGAACAGUCGGGUCUUCUGGUGCAAGAGAAAUCCACGAAAAAGAAGAAGAAAUGACUCAAAGACGCCAUCUUGAAUUUCAAAAUAAAUUUAUAUUUUCAGAAAAAA